UGAGCAACUGGAAAAGGCGCUCAAGGAGAAUGAUACUUACGGUGUCAAAAAAAUCCUUCAAGUGCAUCACAGCAAAUUCCCCGUCAACUUACACGGCAGUAUUUUAGACAAGUCCAGCUGCGACUCUCGCAGUAGGCGCACCAGUCACGUGAGUCAGGAUGUGGAAAUUCUACUCCGCAAAAGUCAAACCCUAAUUGAUCAUCUUGACCGCCGGGAAAGUUUCAACACCGACGUCAGUGACGUCCCGACAGUGUUCCGUAACUGCUUGCACAUCGCCAUUCAGAACAACUCCAUCGACGUACUCAAAGUCCUGCUAAAGUAUGGGGUGGACUCUAACGAGCCCGGACACAACUUGCUGAGCGCCAGUCGCAGACCAAGCAGUGCGAUCGAAGCUGGCAACAAUAACACUCGCCAAGAGGCCAGGCUCGUCGUGGGAAGUACCAGCAUUGAUGACAGUCGCGAUUGUGUCUUUGUGCCUGUGCAUGCAAACCUGAGUCCACAUCGUCAACACUGCCCAGGGCAGAUCAGCCAAAAUACCACAACAGUGUCGGUGGCCGUGGAUUCAGUCAGCAGCGCGAGCCACGUGCCGCGAGGUUUGCAACAUGACCGACUCCCUGAAAUCAUCGAGUCUACUACUGAGGGAGAGUUCGAUUUUGCGAGAAUUUAUAGCACAGAAGAAUUGUACAGCUUACCACCUCUGUACAUAGCGGUUAUAGAGGGGAAGCCUCAUGCUCUCCAUCUCCUGUUGAGGUACGGAGCUCUACCCAAUGUUCAAGACAGGUAUGGAUGUACUCCUCUUCAUGUGGCCUGCUGUUCGGAGUUCUUUAACUGGGACUGUGCCUAUUACCUUAUAAAAUACGGAGGUAAAAUAAGAAUUAAAAACCACUUGGGUAUCUGUCCCCUCAGCCUGUGGCCUGAACUGCUCAACGAGCAAAUAUCGCUGGUAAAAAACGCCUUGUCGUUGAAGCCCACCCCCCGCAGCCAUGGUAGACGGUUGACGGACUCGGUGGGCCAUGCAAGUCAGCGGUCAGAGAGUAUCUCGCGCUUCUUUAAGAGAUUAGGAACCGAUAGCAGAUCUAAACCCAGGGAGAAAAGAGUUACCAAAGAUGCCCAUUCCGAUGGAGAUAUGAGAGAGAGGGCCUCUUCUGGAGGCUCUUUCAAAAGUGUACGAAGUAGGCACCAGGCUUCGUGUGUAGCAGACGACAACGACAGCGACACAUCAGUGGAGUACUUGGGUCACGCAGAGAGAACAGGAAGUCGCAGCAAAAUGAGCCUUCGCAGAGGAGAGCGCUCAAAGCAGAGGGGAAGCUACUCGCUCGAGCCAGGUGAGAAGACAAGCGUUGAGGAUGCCGAGAGGUCGUUGACCACGUUGGUGAAGCUUGCCAGCAACUGGGAGUGUGUGCCGGCGAUGCUGGACGGGCUCGCAGUCUACAUGCGCAACAUCCUUGUCAUCAUCGAUCAGGCAGAAUGUCCGGGUGUAGAGAAGGUCAUCAACGAACUCUUCAAUCAGAUCGUGCAGUCGUGCUACGAGCAGCUCCAACACGCCAACACCCAAGAAGACAAACAUUCCAUCUUCCUCGAACUUUCCAAGCUCCUCAACACAUCACUAGAACUUAUGAAAGGUCGCCAGUCAUUACAUUUCACUUCCCUCAGUGCCAUCAAUGGAAUUAUAGACAUGUGUAUUGUGCAUAAAAACUAUGAGUAUGGGUCUAUGAGCAGGAGCAUAGAAUGUGUGGCAGCGCCUCUGGAAGUUCUUCAAAAGGGGACACCCAAACGCAAAGACCAUGGUGCUUCUACAUCCCCUCCCACUGAGGAGACUACAACUACAACUACUACUACGACGACGAUGCCGUCUGCCUUACACCGCAUUUCCUCUCUACACAAACGACGUGCCAGCGUUCCUCACGAAGCUCAUGCUGACAAACAUACGGACGAAGAGGACAGCAGACCCACGGCUGUGUUCAUAAACCGAACUCCUCUGGAAAUACUUAUGUGUCUGGAUCCCAGCCUGGUGCUCACUGUGCUUCAGAAUAGUAUAUCCAUGCACAAAGUGAUCAUAGGUAACCGGCAAAAGUGUACACCUAGUGUUCGCUGGCGUCACUGUACGCAUCACUGUCUUCAGAUUCUUAGUGCACGUGUUCUCACGGUCAUGUGCCACGGGUCACAUGUGCAGAGCAAGUUGGUUACAGAUGGGCAUGUCAAAACCAUGGUGGACGCUUUGGAUCCAAACCACGACCCUCACCUUCUUUGCCUUCUGCUGCAAGCGCUGGCUUGUAUUGCCCUCAACCCCCUCAACCAUCAAGCCCUCAAUGAUGCUGAAGUUGCAGACAUGUUGAUGCAGCUGUUGCUUCCAUCAGAUGAAUGGUACUACACCAACCACAGCACAAAGUAUGCCAAGUUUGUUAAGUACCAUGCAGCCCGGAUCCUGGUGUACAUGGGACUGCUCCACAAGCUGGGAGGAAGGGUCGACCUCUUUGAUAGGCGGCCCUUUGUUGAACUGACGACCAACUCUUUGCUGCAAGUGCAUUCCCCAGAAGACAGCUUCAUUGAGCUCAUGGCCAUGGGCCGUAUCAUGAUGUGGAGCCCCAACCAUCACCUCCAGGCAGCAUCGCUGGAGGGGCUCGUGUCAGAGGUCAUACAGGAGGCCAUGGGUGAGGAGCGUGACUGCGGCCAAGGGGGACAACUCUCCAGCUCCCUGCCCAGUGUGUACUCGCUUUCCGAGAGGGAGUCAGUCAGCUCUCACCAGAUCUUCUCCCCACUAGCAUCCCCCUCCUGUUCCAUGGAGUUUCUGCAGGACAUGUACCACAAGCCGUUCAGGGACUAUCUGCUAGCAGCCCUCCCAGUCCUGGUCCACCCCAUCAUCGUCCUCCGACUGUUAGCUCACAAACUUUUCGGGAACAUGAUCCGACGUAAGACACUGUACAGUGACACCAAACUCAAACCGCCAAAGGUGGACAAGGUUGAUAUAUGUCCACCUCGAAAACGAGACGAAGAGGCCUCUGAGGAAUGUGAUUCCUUGUCCAAACGGAGGAAAGCUAACCUCCAUGUUGUGAUAACAGACCCACCGGAGGAACCCGAGAGUGCUCCUCCAGUUGUCAAAGUCUCAAAUAUAACACAAGACAAAGAUCAAACUAAUAAGGGAACCAAUAACCAUGUGCCAAGUAAAAACGGGACAACCAAACUUGCCCUACGUGCAAUAGGAGAGAGUUUGGUGACACCCCUUGAUCUCAACAUAGUGCCCGCCCCCCAGAACCCGGAGCCGAGUACGGUCGUGGAGCUCCCUGAUUCUGGUGGGGAUCCAAAGACCUCCCGAAAACUCUUCCGUUGGCCCAGUAAGCGGGUGUUGUCCAAACCUCAGGCCAAUGUGUCCCUGCCUCGUAGGGACAGUGUCUCCAGUGACCUCAGUCAGAUGAGUCAGAAGGAUUCCAACAGCUCUUCCGCACCAGAUAUGGAUCUUGUCGCUCUCCAGCGAGAACUCACCAACCUGCCAACGUUUGUCAUGGACACGCCACCAGUGGAUGUAUCCCCAGUGUUUUCUAGAUCCAGCUCAGUGCCUGAAAAUCUUGCACACCGAACAAGAUCGUCUCCAUUAAAUGGCUCGGCAGGAUACCUGGCUUCAGUGAGUGCUCUGGAUGGGGACGAGGGUCAGAGUUUGGUGAAAUCCGGGUUAAUGACCCCCGGCCCUUGCUCCACGGAACACAUCUACGAUACGGGGUCACUUGUCACCAUCAUGACAACCGACAUGGAUAGUCAUGCCAAUGUUACAUUCUGUGGUCCUGAGCAGGACAACGAUUCAAUCACGGAUAUACCAAAUAUUAAAGUUCAUUUUGAAACCCCUUCCUCUCCACAGCCUUCCUCCGCCAGCCAAAGCCCCCAACACUUCGAAUACCCCUCCCCCCCUCACUCCUCAGGGUUCGCUAAUCAUCUCUCCCCUCACCUGGAACAAACAGGCCACACUGCUCAGCACUAUCUCUUCCCCGCCCCCUCCGGCCAGAGUUCCAGCCCGAGCCCCGCCCCGUCAGAGCGCACCCACUCCUCUGCGGGGACGGUCAAGUCGGUCUCUCCCAUCUCCACCACCCCCAUCUGUGAGAUACCCCUGAACCACAGGGGUAUACUGAAGGUGAUUGAGACAUGGAUAGAAAUAUGUCAUUCCGACCUGGAUGGUAGCUCCAUGUUGGCGCUGGAGACUCGGGAGUUCCUCAAGAAGUUGUCGGUGCUGGGGUACGAGUACAAGGCAUGGUGCCAGCUGAUGGGGACGAAGCUGCAACUGGAGGACAGAAAGAACACCGCAAAGAGUUUGGAGGUGCCCGAUGAUCCGGCCAGCAUGCAUGCUCAGUACAAGAAGCUUCAGCAGCUGGUUGUGAGCGGGGAUUUGCCGUGUGCCAAGGAAGAGGCAGCGACUCUAGCCGGGAUACAGCUGCACAUUGAGGAGGCGUGGCCAGAGGAGGGCCAGUUGACCAAUCACACUCACAGCUGGGAUCAUGUGUCACCCAUCGACAAAAUCUCCAACCAAGACAAACGCGUCAGAGUCACAAAUGUUUCACAGCAGGAAAAUUUAAAAAAGAGAUUAGAACUGAUUCGCUCAAAUCAAGCUCAGCGCAUCACCAGUACUCGCAGGAAAGGCAAGCUUGUGAGGAGUUUAAUGUGUACAAGUGACAAUGAAAUAGAAGGCUGCGAACAGAUCGAUCUGUCUCAUUUCCUCCCUCCUCACUACACCACAUCCAAGAAGGUUCGAGAACUGAUCAAGGAGAAGAAUAAGAAGCUAUGGCACACACCCUACUAUGAGAAUGAACUAAAACUGAAGCAGUUAUACAUAAAGAUAUGUAAGAAGCUGCCAAGUUAUGGAUGCAAAAUCUUUCAGGUGAAGGAAAUACUUCGAGGAAACACACAGAAAAAGAUACCAAGGUUAUUAGGUAUUGCCAGUGAGAAAAUAGUGCUAUUGGACAAUAAAACCAAACUUCUCGCCAAAUCACAAAACAUUCGUAACUUGGAGGAUUGGCUGUCCGGCACAGGGAAAGCCCAUGAUGGCCUGGUCUUGGAGUUCCGAGGGUCUAAACCAUGGGCGCUUGUGAUGCCAACACUUGACAAUCUCAAGUCAGUGACAGCAGCCAUCUGGCAGGCCCUAGAUAUGGAUGGACGAUUCCUAAACAACGGCACUCUCAGGAGGGAUAGUUUCGAGUUUGACUUCCACAGGCGCCAGCUGACGAUGCAGACGGAGAUGCGGAGUGGGACACAGUAUGCCACCGAGCUGGAGCAGCUUCAGAAGAUGCUUCACUUCCCUGAAGAGGUCGCUAUGAUGCUAACAGACUCCGAACACAGCCUCUUCACCAGCAUUCCUUCUGCACAGUAUGUGCGACAGGUCACAAUUGACCUCUCCAGGUCGCCCACUCACAGGAAACACCCAUGUGUGGAAGAUCUCAUUCAGAGGUUUAACGAGGUGACGACGUGGAUCACCCAGAUCAUCAUCACACAGGCCACCCAUGAGGACCGGAAGGCAGUGUUGUCCUGUAUCCUGAGACUGGCCUUAUACUGCUUCGUCCUCGGCAACUUCAACUCUGCAGUCGAGAUACUGGCAGGACUCAGAUCUGAGAAGUUGAAACCUUUCUGGUUGUCGAUAUCGGAGGAGAAUCUGUCCACCUUGAGCUCCCUCACUGAGGUCCUGCUGACCAGAGAUCCUUCUCCAGAAUACAGGGAGGCCGUCAGCCGAGCCUUAGACAUCCAAGAAUGCAAAGUGGUUCCUUUUUUCGGUGGAUUCUUACGUGAUCUCAAGGCAAUAUUUGCUGGCGUUCCAAGCCUCAUUGUGCUUCCAUCGGAAGAAAAUCAAAACCUAGAGUUUGUGUCCGACUACAACGGUGAGGAUCGCUUCAUGACACGGAUCGGCGUGGGCGGCCUCAUCAACAUGGACAAGCUGAAACAGGCUCACAUCGUCCUGAACGACAUCCUCCUAUUUCACCACCACGCUGACCACCAGAGGGCGAUCAUACAGAAACUAGAAGAUAUGGAACAGGAUGAGAACAGGAACCAUGUGCGAUCUGAGGACGAUGACAGUGAUAGUGACUAUGACCUUGACCUUGACAGCUACCAACCAAUUCGACCUCUGUACAGUGACCAUGAGGUCAUGAUCAUAACCCCCAAGGUCGCAUCUCUGAACCAUCAUUGGCUACAGUGUAUGAACCACGGGACGACGAUGGUGAGAUGGGAGGAGGACGGAGGACGGUCCUGUAUGUGCUAUCUCCGACUAGAGAUCGACAAUGCCACGUUAACCUGGCGGAAGCCAUCGUGGAGUGCCCGACGGGCUGGGAACACCACGCCGGAUUAUGUCCUGAAGGGUGAAGUGGAGAGCAAUGGGUCGCAGAUCCUCUGUGCUCGCCACACAACUGGUGAGGAAGUCUGUGAUAACCUGGAGGAGGGCUAUAUUGAUGUGACUGUCAUCAAAGAGGUGUACUUCGACGAUGAAACUGUUGAUCUUGCUGCUGUUUCCAAGCGCCAUGGCUUGGAGGAUAUUAGCCAUGAACACAACUGUAUUACCAUUCUGUAUGGAACAUACCUGUCGGAGAACCGGAAGUUGUGGUUCAUUGCUCCUGCACACACUGCCAAGAUCUGGUACCAUGGUCUCAAGUGUCUUGUUCGGGCCUCCCAUAAACUACAGUACCAGACUGACAAGAAGCUCCAGUGGUUAAAGCAGCAGUACCUUCAGCUGUACUAUGACUCGGAGAAGUGUCAGGGACCGACACCUGCUGAGGCCAUCAAGGUGUUCGGUGGUCGGUCCUGGAGUGGGCCCCAGCACCAGGUGGCAGCACAGGACCCGCCCUCAGCCUUUAAACGCACGCCAAGUUUCAGUAUUGGAUCCGCAUACUUCAAGAAGAGGAUGAGUGGGAACUAUUCCAUGAAGCCUCAUGACGGAUCAUCCCGGGGUUCCAGCCCUGUAACCAUGAUCUCUGUCAACGAGGGGGGCAAACAGUCAUCAAAACAGCGGAGGACCCCGAGUCCGAUACGGAAAGUCAGAUCUGAGAUGCAGAAGACGGCUUCCAGUGAUCCAACUCUCAACCAGAUUCCAAGGGGAAGUCCAACUCCAGGAUUUCGACCUCGCAGCCUCACUUUCAGUUUCACAAACAGAUACCGGUCACGUCGUAGACGAAUGUCGCUCGGGUGUAAAACUGGCGACAAUAAAACAAAUUCCAUCACCCAUUCAACUCAGCUGUCCUUUCUGGACUUUGUGGACUUGUUCAAAGCAUUCGGACUCCGGUGCCGCAAGGACUUGAAAGAACUAUUUGAGCAGUUUGCAGUGACGAAGUCCACGGGGAUGGAACUGCCAUCUGUGAAGCACCCUCCAUACAUUCCUAGUCCCAGAGAUAUGUGUGUAAUAACCCGCAAUAAUGCACUAGAUCUCACCCAGGACAACCAACAGCGCCGCACAAUAUGCGAUGUUCUUGCCGUGUCUAGCAUCAUCUCCAACUUUGCUGGGGUGGAGACGACGCCAACCAAGUGCAUGGGUCUGCGAGAGUUCCGGCAGUUCCUCGAGGAUUACCAGGAGGAGGCAUAUGAUGAUGAUGAGAUCAUCGAGCUGAUCCAGCGCCAUGAGCCGGACUCCAUGUUGCGAGAUCGCUGUUGUCUGUCAUUUGAGGGAUUCGCCAAGUUUCUCAUGGACAAGGAUAACUUUGCUUAUCUUCCUGAGAAGACCAAGCACAAUGAUGAGGACAUGGACCAUCCCCUGCCUCACUACUACAUCGCUUCAUCCCACAACACGUAUCUCACCGGCCACCAGCUCAAGGGGGAGUCCUCCGUCGACCUCUACAGCCAGGUGCUGCUGAUGGGGUGCCGGUGUGUGGAGCUGGACUGCUGGGAUGGGGACGAUGGGGCGCCCAUCAUAUACCACGGACAUACACUCACUACAAAGAUCUCAUUUAAGGGUGUUGCCGAAGCCAUCAACCGAAGUGCUUUUGUGACGUCCCCGUACCCUGUCAUCCUGUCCAUAGAAAACCACUGCUCUAUACCACAGCAGCAGAAGAUGGCGCAGAUAUUCACAAGCGUGUUUGGUGACAAGCUGGUGACCAAGUUCCUGUUUGACUCAGACUAUUGUGAGGACCCACAGCUACCAUCACCGAACCAGCUCAAGUACAAGAUCCUCAUCAAGAACAAGAAGAUCAGGGACCCCGAGAGUACCGCAGCCAUCAAGAAGCUUCCUGUGCAGUCUCGAACAUCCAGCAUGGCGUCGUCGGAAAGUACUUCCAUCAACGACUUCGAUGACGACGAUGAUGAAGAUGAGGAUGAAGAUGAUGUCACUGAUGCAGUGAAGGAACUGAGGCAGUCCGUGGACAGUCAGGACAGCCCUACACCGGAUCAGGAGGACAAAAGCAAGCUGCAGUCGCGACAGAGGAUGGACUCUUUCGGCGAACUCGGUCCCAGGCAACACUCUGAAUCCUUUGGGGAGAAGCAACGCCCCAAGAGCCACCCCGAAUUAGACUGGCAAUUCGGUGAGGAAAUCCACGAAUUGAAGACCCCACCAAAAAUCAAGGCCAAGAAAGCAAGUCAGAUAGCCAAAGAAUUGUCUGAUCUAGUUGUGUACACUCAGGCUGUCAAGUUUAGAGGUCUGUCCUUGAGUCCGAACACGUCACUAAAGCAGAAGAAGGGGCCUACACGGAAGAGCAUCCUGACAAGCGGCCUUGGCAACAGCCCCAGCACUCCCACCCUCAUCAACUCAGGGGAGAAGGUGGACCUCAUCAUCCCAGCUUCAAUACCACGCAUCAAGAAAUGUGACGGCACCCCCGCCUGCUACCUGGUAUCGUCUCUCAACGAGAACAAGGCCAAACAACUGUGUCGGAGAAACCCCCUCGGUGUCAUCAACCAUACUGAGAGGCAGCUAAUGCGGACGUACCCAGCUGGGAUGAGAAUAGACUCCUCCAACUUCAACCCUGUCAUAUUCUGGGCGUUCGGCAUCCAGAUGGUGGCACUAAACUACCAAACUGAAGAUACGGCUAUGGCUCUGAACACCGCCAUGUUUGAGGCGAAUGGACACAGUGGCUACAUACUAAAGCCGCCAGUUAUGUGGGCCAAGAAUCACAUGAUGUACAACCGCUUCAAUCCCUGGGACAAGGAAUUUGAUGGGCUCCAUGCAACCAUCCUCACGCUCCAUAUCAUCUCCGGGCAGUAUGUGUGUCCUAACCACACCGCCAGCACGCAGGUGGAGGUGGAGAUCAUCGGCAUCCCAGUCGACUGCGCCAAACAGAAGACAAAAGUCAUUGCAAAAAAUGCCCUAAACCCAAUCUGGAAUGAUGUCUUCACCUUCCAGGUGCUAUUUGCUGACCUCGCCUUCAUCCGCUUUGUGGUGACUGACACGAACACCAGCCAUCUUGUCUCCCAGAAGAUUGUGCCUCUGAGGUAUCUAAGACCAGGUUACCGUCAUGUCCGACUCCGCAAUCCGUCCAAUCAGCCACUGGAACUGGCCACACUCUUUAUCUACUCGAAACACGAGGAGGAACUCCUUGAGCCAUGCAACAGUCUUGACAUCAGUCACGCAUCAGGCCCUGGGAGACGCAUGUCACUCUUUGCCAAGGUCAAGGAACUGUCUGAGGUCGCACGAGCUGACCAGGCGGCAAACCCUGUUGGCACCAGACUGAGGCGUCGUAUGUUUUUCAUCAGCGUGUUCGGAGUUACUGCCCCUGAUGAGUAUGUUAUUCUCAAGGUCACCCAGGACACUACAGUUUACGAUGCCAUUACGCAGUCUCUGAUCAAAGUGGGUCGCCUGGAGGAGCGGGUGGGAGACUUUGUGUUGGUGGAGGAUGUGCAGAGCGGCUGGGAGAAGCGGGACCAGGAGAAGGCCAGCUGCCAGAGAAUCCUGGACAUGACCGAGAAGGUUCUUCAGGCACAGAACAAGUGGAAGGGAGCUGGACGCUUCAUCCUCCGCAGACUCAGUGAUGACCCCAGCAGCAGGGCGUGGGUGACCACAUUGUUAAAAGACCAGAAGCGUAAACACGACCUAGAGUCUGACACGAAUGACUGGGACAGUCUGGAGCACAUGUUUGUGGUGUGUGUCUACAAUGUGUCCCCAGAACAACCAUAUACAGUCUUCAAGGCCCCGGUGACCAGCACAGCCCAGGACAUCAUUACACAGGCUAUGAUGAAGUCCCGACGAGCCAACACAGAUGACCCCCGCAACUUCGUUCUGGUGGAAGAACUAGAGAUUCAAAGUGCCAAUGAGAGCCAAUCAGGGACAAGCAGGCGGAAAGGCAGCGAGCGUUGUGAAAGUCGUGUCCUGGCAGAUGAUGAGAAUGUUCAUCAGGUCCAGACGGAGUGGAAGACGAAUGGACGGUUCAUGUUGGUGUCGCGGGAAAAGGCAGGGGCAGAGGAACUGGCGGAGAAGAGGCGUAGUCUCCCACUGCCCGUCAAGGUUCUGCCAAAGGCUUCUUGUGGGUCACUUGCCAAGAGGAUUGGAUCCAAGAAGAUUGUGAAGCAACACUUGAUAGGAGAAAGGAUCGCCCAGCUCCCUCAAACACCAGACCAGAUACGGAAAUCCAUCAGUUUCCCAUCUCAGGUGAACAACACUAACCUGGUUGCCACGGCAACAGCCUCUUCGCUGACACACACACAAAACGACAAACCCGGCAUGUUCAAGAUAAAGAAGCUGUCUCGUCUCAACUUCAAACUUGGGAAAUGAAGACUUGAAAUAACAGAGACUAUGUUUCAACAUUCCAUUUACCAAGGCAGACAACUCUGUCACUUUUCUGAUUCUGCGUUCAGAUUCAGAAAAAAACAAUUUUGAUCCAAAGGUCAAGGUCGAGUGGUGAGGAUGAAAAGAAUGCUGACAAUGUACUUUGAAGUCAAGGCCUGGGUAGCUAAUGGCGGCAUUCUGCUUGUUUACCCAGAACUGCAUGGCAACGGUCAGCCAUGAUUGGACCAAAUGGACAGUAUUUCACAAGGAUUGGACAUUUCAGUGCUAUUCUGUUGGGUUGUGCAAUGUUAACAAGGUAUUGGAUUUGUGAUAUUCCUGGCAAUCCUCAACAUUGGAAACCUGAAUCGAUUGCCCCAUAUGUGAAUGACAACAAGAACAGACAUGGCUUGAGAUGAUCAUGGAUCGUGUUUUUGUAGCCUUUAUUCCUACUUCCAGUCUUUCUGUAAUAACAGAUGAAAACAUGGGCAAUAUCCCUUGAACUGACAAAUGACACUGCCAUCUGAUUGGAUAAUGGUGAUGUAUAAAAGGCAUUGAUUGGAUGCAAGAUUUGAUUGGACCAGUACAGGAUUUCUUAUUGGUUGAAACCAACAGGGCAAUACCCUCCGAUUGGAUGAGAGAAUUAUGCUGUGAUGACCAUUGUCUCAAUCAAAACACCAUAUGGUCUAUAUUUAUCAUUGCACAUUUGUGAGAGAAAUUAAAAAUAUUAUAGUGAUUUUGCAAUUUUCCAUGCUGUGGCAAUAUCUCAAUCUUUGUACUUUUCUUAUUCUUGGAGACCUGUUGCCACACUGUUGUUUCUGUUGAUGGCAAGUGUAGCAGUGUGUCCAGCACGUACAGUCUUCAGGAAAAUGUUAUUGUAUUGAGAAAAUGUUCUUUGACAUGAUUCAUUAUUUAUUUUGUAACUUAUUGUGAUUGAUAUCAUUACUUUUGUAUGUGGACAAACCAUAACAUUUUGAAUAACCUGAAGUCACACAAUUACACCACAAGGAGGUCCAGGAAACAGCGUGGGUAGUCAAUUUCUGUCGAUUCAGCAAGUCAGUGUUGUUAAGUCACCAUGAGACUGCAUUUUGACAUUUUCAUUUUGAUGGACUGACAUAUGUAGGAUUGUCUAUAUGAAACAGGUACACAGGAUAUAUACUUAAUAGUGCCCUGGGUGCUGAGAAGUUGAAACAUUAAGACACAAUGGUGUUAAACACAUAUAACAUCCAGACACUGGGUGCUUAGUGCAUUUCACAUCCAGACACCAGGUGUUAAGUGCAUGUCACAUCUGAAGACCAGGUGUUCUGUGCAUGUCACAUCCAGACACCAGGUGUUAAGUGCAUGUCACACCCAGACACCAGGUGUUAAGUACUUGUCACAUCUGAAGACCAGGUGUUCUGUGCAUGUCACAUCCAAACACCAGGUGUUCUGAGCAUGUCUUAUCGAGACACAAGGUGCUCUAUGAAUGUCACACCCAGACAUCAGGUGCUUAGUGCAUGUCACGACCAGACACCGGGUGUUGAGGGCAUGUCUCAUCCAGACACCAGGUGUUAAGUACAUGUCACAUCUGAAGACCAGGUGUUCUGUGCAUGUCACAUCCAGACACAAGGUGUUCUAUGAAUGUCACAUGCAGAUACCAGGUGUUAAGUGCAUGUCACAUCAGGUGUUGGGGCAUGUCACAUCAAGACACCAGGCACUGAGUACAAGUCACAUCGCACAAUAAAUGCCUUACAGUGCAAAAUGCAUUACAAUAAUCAUCUUAGUUUUCUGUAUGAGAGGAAAAAAAGUUUAUUCAAUUGUUUGAGAGAACAGGCUGUCAUGUUUUAAAAACAGAACCGUCUUGUAUCAAGUUAUCUUAAAAUUCACAAGUACAUUGACAUUUUCUCAAGGAAAGAUAAAACCUGUAGCAAAAGGAUAUAAUGUUUUCCUCAAAAUUAAAAGGAGAUGGACGUUCUCCUGCCUUUAGGUAUUUCUACAGAAGAUCUGUACAAGUAAUUUAUCAGACCUCCCCACAGACAGGUUGUUAUGUUGGUCAAGGAUGUUACUAAAUGAGUUGUUACAUGUCUUGUGGAGCACCAUUAGAGGCAGUAGGGUGUGAACUGUUUUGAAUACAUGAAUAUUAUAUGA